GCCAUUUUUGGAAUCAACGCUCAGUAUGCUGAUGAAGACGGCCAAGUACGGAUCAGACACCUAGCUGUGCGCGAGAUGAACGAGCGACAAACCAAGGAAAAUUUGUCAAACGUAAUACUCGAAGAGCUGAAUGAUCUCGGAUUGGACAUCAAUCACAUAUUCGCCAUUGCUCAUGACAACGGCGCCAAUAUGUGCGCAAGUGUCAAGCUUUUGAAAGCUCUAUCGAAACCUGGAUCAGAAGACGAAGCUGCUCUAAACAGCAUGUUACCAGCCGAAUUCGAGCUAUUGGAACAAUACGACAGGGAGCAAAGCCUAUUGAUGCCAGAUGAGGAAAACCUUGGUCUGAUGAGCAUGCUGCCCGCUGAGUUUGCCGAAUUCGACUCUGAUGACGCCCAAGAAGCAGACGUAAAGGUAAAAGAAGAACACAACAAGCAAAGCACUACCGAACAACAGGAAGACACAAACGAUUUCGAGAACGAGAAAGAUGGAACAUCUGACAUCCUUGUCAAUGACGACGAUUCAGAAGAGCCAGUUAUUCUGGACAGCAUCAGGUGUGGUGCUCAUACGGCGCAAUUGGUCGCAUACGAUGUCAUUAAGCUGCACAAUAAGAGGCUGGGUCAAAUCAACAAAAUUUGUCAAAAGAUGCAUCAUAAGACUAGCAGGGAGCUUUUUGUUCUGCACAAAAUUGCUCUGCCACCGAAAGUCAAUGAAACCCGUUGGGGCGUCUGGUUUAUCGUUUUACGGUAUCUUCAGGUAUUAAGAUCAAAGCCCUUUCUUGCAACUUUGCAGAACCACGACUCGACGCUUGAUUUAAGCCAACAUUGGAAAUUUAUCGACCGCUUUUGCGAAGCUUUUGAGCCAAUUUAUGUAUUGACACUCAAACUGCAAAAAGACCACGUUCCACUGUCUGAUUUUUACGCUGACUGGCUGGUAUGCCAAGCUAAGUUGAACGCUAUUAAGAAACAGGGAAAUACACUGGCAGCCAAGUUGCAUACAUCCAUGCAAAAAAGAGUUGAGAAACUUCGCUCAAGCAUGGCUUUCAAAGCCAGCUUGUACCUUGAUCCACGUUUCAACUUUGCUGGAUCCGCCCGCUUGACUCCAGAAGAAAAGAGAGAGGCACAGGAAUAUCUCAUCGCACUAAGCAACCGACUCGAUGUACUGGAAGGUUUACAAGAGGAACUAUGUACAGAUGAUGGAGAGGCAAGUACUAGUGGUUUUGUGGAGGAUUACUUGAUGGAUUUCUUCAACGAAGCAAGUAAUGAUACUGCGUCAUCCAGCUCAGAGAAAAGAGCAGCGAACGAAUCGCUUCGCGACGAGUUGUCCAAGCUUGAAAAACGAAAUAAAGUUAACAUCACAGUCAACAUGCCACCUCCUUCAAGCUCCAACACCAGCGGCCACCAGUUCCCCAGUGCCGCGGACAACAAUCAACCAAGCACAUCUAAGGCCCAACCUGCUCCAGCGGCUAGCGAAUCCUCUACGCGUUUCGAUAUUCUUCAAUAUUGGAAAAAACACGCAUGCAGCUCUACGGCGUAUCUGUUCACGAUAUUAUGAUUCUAAAGAUGAAUCCGGAUUUGCUGAUUGAGGUUGUCGAAACACUCCUUGAGCAUCACGCUAUUUAA